CCCAUUUUACUCUCAGCUCACUUUCAGCACUUCUAUCUCUCUAUCAACACAAAAUAAUGGCUGCCCUGCAUCAGGAAGUAGAGUACCUUGAUGUCCUCACUAAAACCGGUGAAAAAACCGGCAUCUCAAAACCAAGAAGGGAUGUACACAGAGAUGGGGAUUAUCAUCGGGCUGUUAACGUGUGGAUAUAUGCUGAAAGCACACAAGAGCUACUUCUGCAAUGCCGUGCUGACUGCAAGGACUCUUGGCCUGGUCGGUGGGAUGCAUCGAGUGCUGGUCAUAUAUCUGCUGGGGAUUCAUCUCUGGUUUCAGCUGCGAGGGAGCUUCAAGAAGAACUCGGUAUAACACUUCCGAAAGAUGCAUUUGAAUUGAUAUUCUUCUUUCUUCAAGAAUGUGUUAUCAAUGAUGGAACAUUCAUCAACAAUGAAUACAACGAUGUAUAUCUGGUUACCAUAAUAGAUCCAAUUCCUCUAGAUGCCUUUACCUUACAGGAAUCAGAAGUUUCAGCUGUUAAAUAUAUCCCUUACCACGAGUACAGAAGUUUACUUGCUAAAGAAGAUCCUAAUUAUGUGCCUUAUGACAUGAAUAGUGUAUAUGGUCAGCUCUUUAAGAUAAUUGAGAAAAGGUACAAAGAAAAUGUUGAAUCACGGAGUUUGGCCCUACAAAAGCAGCUUAGUCGUUAUGCUCAUGUUUCCCUAAGUGCUGAGAUUACUGGGCUAAAUGAUGCAGAUAAAAAAGCUCUAGCCCUUAUUAUCAAAGCUGCAAAGAUUAUGGACAGGAUUUUUUACUUGCAGGUCUGGUAUAGCAACCCAUCUUUGAGAGAUUGGUUAAGGGAGCAUGCUGGUAAAUCGCAGUUGGACAAGUUAAAAUGGAGUUAUUAUCAGAUUAAUAAAAGUCCAUGGUCCUGUCUGGAUGAAAACGAGGCAUUUUUGACAACUGCAGACUCAGCUGUAAAGCUCCUUCCCGAGGCUACAAAGCCCGUGACAGGGUGGAAGGGUCUUCAGUAUAGAACAGCAUUUCCCAUUAUAAAGCCACCUGGUGCCAAUUUUUACCCACCAGAUAUGGACAAAAUGGAAUUUUCGUUGUGGAGAGACGGUCUCCCAGAGGAUCAAAAGAAGGAAGCGAUGGGAUUCUUUAAUGUAAUCAAAAGGCAUAGUGAAUCUGAACUGGAUAUACCAAUAUCUCAAAAUACAUCGACCCCAAAUUCUUCCCAUGACCUAUAUAUUGUCCCGUACUGUCAAGAGUACAACUCGCUCCUUUCUGAAGCUGCGAAGUUACUACAUGAAGCCGGAGACCUUACGAGCUCACUUAGUUUGAGAAGAUUUCUACACAGCAAGGCGGAUGCCUUCCUUUCCAAUGAUUACUACGACUCAGAUAUUGCGUGGAUGGAGUUGGACUCUAAGUUGGACGUAACUAUUGGCCCGUAUGAAACUUACGAAGAUGCACUUUUUGGAUACAAGGCUACCUUUGAGGCCUUUAUUGGAAUCCGGGAUGACGAAGCAACAGCUCAACUCAAGCUCUUUGGUGAUCAUUUGCAGGUUUUGGAAAAGAACCUACCAAUGGACAAUGUUUAUAAGUCAGAAGAUGUGGCAGCUGCUCCUAUUCGGGUCAUCCGGGUUCUUUAUAAUUCCGGGGAUGUGAAGGGCCCUCAAACAGUUGCGUUUAAUCUUCCAAACGAUGAGUCUAUAGUGAAAGAUCGAGGAACAUCAAUGGUCAUGCUUAAGAACGUUUCGGAAGCAAAGUUCAAGCUCAUUCUUCAGCCUAUAGCUGAUGCAUGUAUUGCCAAGGAACUUCGGGAGUUUGUGGAUUUUGAAUCUUUCUUUACGCACACAAUAUGCCACGAGUGCUGCCAUGGCAUUGGGCCUCACACCAUCACACUUCCAAAUGGGAAGAAAUCAACAGUUAGAUUGGAGCUGCAAGAGCUCCACUCAGCACUAGAAGAAGCUAAAGCCGACAUUGUUGGACUGUGGGCCCUAAAGUUUCUAAUUGGCGAGGGUUUGCUUCCGAAGAGCCUAGUGAGAUCAAUGUAUGUCUCUUUUCUUGCUGGAUGUUUUCGCUCUGUGCGGUUUGGAUUAGAGGAAGCUCAUGGAAAAGGACAGGCGCUGCAGUUCAAUUAUAUGUUCGAGAAAGGUGCAUUUGUCUUACAACCUGAUGAGACUUUCUCCAUUAACUUCGAUAAGGUCGAGGAUGUUGUCGAGAGCUUGAGUAGGGAAAUCCUUACAGUACAAGCGAGAGGCGAUAAAGAUGGCGCCAGAAUGCUUCUUAAGAAAUAUGGCGUUAUGACUCCACCACUGCAAUGUGCACUCCAAAAACUGGAAACCAUUCAGGUUCCGGUGGACAUAGUUCCUGAAUUUCCCAUUGCUGAUCAAAUUUUACGCGAAAGCCAUUGAAAAGACUUGACAUUAGAAACUGUUCUUGAAGGAGCACAGGCAGAGAGAAAGUGAGAGAACCUUAACUUUUUUUUUUUUUUUUUUUUGUGGGAUAUGUGUUUAGAACUGAAAACAAAAUUUGAGAAUAAAGUGAAAUGGUAACAACUUUUGCUUCCACCAUAUGCUGCAAGUGAUUCCAUCGACUUCUUGUGGGAGCUGUCUAUUGACCUUCUCGGUUUGAAUCGGUCAGUUAGGAACAACAUAGGCUGGUUUACCUCUUUGUAGUUCUUUAUUGGCUAGAGUCACAAGACGAGUUUCAAUCAGAGCACACAUUUGAGUAUCGGUUGCAGGCUUUUACAGAAAUCAAAGUGAUUCAAAGUUAUUGUGAACAGAUUGAUUUAUAUAAUGUGAAGAGAACAAUAGAACA